AUGAAGAUAAAGCAAUACCGAAAUGAGAGUUUCACAACCAGAACUGUUGAUAAUUAUGGAUGCUCUGAGUGUGGGAAAUGCUUCAUUGAUAGUUCAACCCUCAUCUCACAUCGUCGAAUCCACACAGGAGAGCGGCCCUACACAUGCUCUGAGUGUGGGAAAAGCUUGUGUUGGCACUCACACCUUAUCACUCAUUGUAGAAUCCACACAGGAGAGACACCCUACACAUGCUCUGAGUGCGGGAAAAGCUUCAGUCGGAGCUCACACCUUAUCACGCAUCAGACAAUCCACACGGGUGAGAAACCUUAUGGAUGCGCUGAGUGCGGGAAACGCUUCAAUCGGCACUCACACCUUAUCACACAUAGAAGAAUCCACACUGGGGAGAAACCUUAUGGAUGCUCUGAGUGCGGGAAAUGCUUCACUGAUAGUUCAGCCCUCAUCUCACACCAGCGAAUCCACACAGGAGAGACGCCCUACACAUGCUCUGAGUGUGGGAAAAGCUUCAAUCAGCGCUCACACCUUACCACACAUCAGACAAUCCACACAGGUGAGAAACCUUAUGGAUGCUCCGAGUGUGGGAUACGCUUCAAUCGGAGCUCACAGCUUAUCACCCAUCGAAGAAUCCACACAGGAGAGAAACCCUACACGUGCUCUGAGUGUGUGGAGAUGAGAGAGAGACGCUACAUGUGCCAUGAGUGCGGGAAAAGCUUCAAGCAGAGCUCACACCUUAGCGCACAUCAGAGAAUCCACACAGGGGAGACGCCCUACACGUGCUCUGAGUGCGGGAAAAGCUUCAAUCGGAGCUCUCACCUUAUCGCACAUCAGAGAAUUCACACGGGGGAGACGCCCUACACGUGCGCUGAGUGCGGGAAAAGCUUUGGGCAUAUCUCAACCCUUAUCACACACCAGAGAAUCCACACAGGGGAGACGCCCUACACGUGCUUUGAGUGCGGGAAAAGCUUCAAUCAGCGCUCAAACCUUACCACACAUCAGAGAAUCCACACAGGGGAGACGCCCUACACGUGCUCUGAGUGCGGGAAAAGCUUCAAUCAGCGCUCAAACCUUAUCAGACAUCAGAAAAUCCACACACGAGAGACGCCCUACACGUGCGCUGAGUGCGGGAAAAGCUUCAGUCAGCGCUCACACCUUAUCACACAUCAGAGAAUCCACACAGGAGAGACGCCCUACACGUGCUCUGAGUGCGGGAAAAGCUUCAGUCAGCGCUCAAGCCUUAUCACACAUCAGAGAAUCCACACAGGGGAGACGCCCUACACAUGCGCUGAGUGCGGGAAAAGGUGCAGUCUGCGCUCAAACCUUAUCAGACAUCAGAGAAUCCACACUGGGGAGACGCCCUACAAGUGCGCUGAGUGCGGGAAAAGCUUCAAGCUGCGCUCAAUCCUUAUCACACAUCAGAGAAUCCACACAGGGGAGACGCCCUACACAUGCUUUGAGUGCGGGAAAAGCUUCAGUCAGCGCUCAAGCCUUAUUAUACAUCAGAGAAUCCACACAGGGGAGACGCCCUACACGUGCUCUGAGUGCGAGAAAAGCUUCAGCCAGCGCUCAAACCUUAUCACACAUCAGAGAAUCCACACAGGAGAGCAGCCCUACAUGUGCGCUGAGUGCGGGAAAAGCUUCAGUUGGCGCUCAAACCUUAUCAAACAUCAGAGAAUCCACACAGGGGAGACGCCCUACACGUGCGCUGAGUGCGGGAAAAGCUUCCGUCUGCGCUCAAUCCUUAUCACACAUCAGAGAAUCCACACAGGGGAGAAGCCCUACACAUGCGCUGAGUGCGGGAAAAGCUUCAGUCAGCGCUCACACCUUAUCAGACAUCAGAGAAUCCACACAGGAGAGACGCCCUACACGUGCACUGAGUGCGGGAGAAGCUUCAGUCGGCGCUCAAACCUUAUCACACAUCAGAGAAUCCACACAUGA